GAACAAUAAAGUCAGUUUUACGUGGCGUAAAUAACCUGUGUAAUUACCAACGUUCGAAUAAAAACACAAGUUAAACCGGAGAGGUAACUCUUCUAUACAAUGAACGGACGGUUGUAUGUCACUACAAAGCUUAUACUACCGAUUACCGAAUAAAGUCUAAUGCGAUCGUAUAUGAGAGGGAGGGGAGAGAACAAGCGAGCAAAUGAGAUAAGAGGUCGGCUGGUAUGGCUAGGGAAGCAAAGCAGUGGCAGUUUGCGUUCGCUGUUUAACACAACCAAGCCUGUAGCAGCAGUGGUAGAAACAACAAUAGCAUGGUAAAUGUUAAACGGCACAGACAGACGGCUACUGGUAUUUGCACACUGCUGCGUUUUUAGCGCAGGAUUUGAUUUUUCGGAACCCGUUGGAUCAUUCACCGUCCGGGAUGGGGAAGGAGGUGAACGGGGUGUCGCGGAGCCGGUUUGAGAUGUUCUCAAACAGCGAUGAGGCAGUCAUCAACAAGAAGCUACCCAAAGAGCUGCUGCUACGAAUCUUCUCAUUUCUGGACGUGGUGACAUUGUGUCGCUGUGCCCAGGUGUCUAGGUCCUGGAAUGUAUUGGCUCUAGAUGGCAGUAACUGGCAGCGAAUUGACCUCUUUGACUUCCAGAGAGACAUUGAGGGCCGUGUGGUAGAGAACAUCUCCAAGCGUUGUGGUGGCUUCCUGAGGAAGCUCAGCCUGAGGGGUUGUUUGGGCGUCGGGGACAGCGCGCUGAGGACCUUCGCCCAAAACUGCCGGAACAUUGAGCUCCUCAGCCUGAACGGUUGCACCAAGAUCACUGACACGACGUGCACCAGCCUGAGCAAAUUCUGUCCCAAACUGAAGCAUCUGGACUUGGCCUCAUGCACCUCCAUCACCAACCUGUCUCUCAAAGCGCUCAGUGAAGGCUGCCCCCUACUGGAGCAGUUGAACAUUUCCUGGUGUGAUCAGGUGACCAAGGAUGGGAUCCAGGCCCUGGUCCGAUGCUGUCCAGGCCUCAAGGGGCUUUUCCUCAAGGGUUGCACACAGUUGGAAGAUGAAGCUUUGAAAUACAUAGGGGCACACUGUCCGGAACUGGUCACUCUAAAUCUACAGACAUGCUCACAGAUCACGGACGAGGGCCUGAUCACAAUCUGUCGGGGCUGUCACCGGCUGCAGUCCCUGUGCGUCUCCGGCUGCGCCAACAUCACAGACGCCAUCCUCAACGCUCUGGGUCAGAACUGCCCCCGCCUCAGAAUACUUGAGGUGGCUCGCUGCUCUCAGCUCACAGAUGUGGGCUUCACCACGCUAGCACGGAAUUGUCAUGAGCUGGAGAAGAUGGACCUGGAGGAGUGUGUACAGAUCACAGACAGCACGCUGAUCCAACUGUCCAUUCACUGCCCUAGGCUUCAGGUCCUGAGCCUGUCCCACUGUGAGCUGAUCACUGACGACGGCAUCCGACACCUGGGCAGCGGCCCCUGCGCUCACGACCGGCUGGAGGUCAUCGAGCUUGACAACUGCCCGCUCAUCACCGACGCCUCGCUGGAGCACCUGAAGACCUGCCACAGCCUGGACCGCAUCGAGCUGUACGACUGCCAGCAGAUCACCCGCGCGGGCAUCAAGAGGCUGAGGACUCACCUGCCCAAUAUCAAAGUGCACGCCUACUUCGCCCCGGUCACUCCGCCCCCGUCGGUUGGGGGAAGUCGUCAGAGGUUUUGUCGCUGCUGUAUCCUGCUAUGAUGUUAAAGCCCAACUCCCCACCUGGGUUAUCCCUGCCCCAACACCCCC